AUCAGUCGGUCUUGUGUGCCGGUCGUGGGUGUAUCUGCGCUCCGACUCGUCGUACGUUUGUAAACAUAACCUCGUCGAAUGUUCGUAUCGCCGAUGUUGGCACGUUUGAAAAGGGGAUUUACGGGAAAAUAGCCAAAAAUGAACAAAAUAUUUACCAGACGAAAGAUUCCCUUCUUUAUUAUCAUUGUUUUAAUUGUAAUUACAACAACCACAUGUGAUAUUAGACUGUCCACACAAGAUUUGGAACUUAAGUUAAACGAAGCAGCCGACAUACAAUUAAUAGUAAAGAACGUGACAAGCAAUGCAACCUUAAGUUUUGAAAUACAACACACUGAUAUAGUAAAAGUCACACCUUUAAGCACCAAGCUACAAAAUGCAACCAUCCACGUGGAAGCAAUUGGUGCCGGACAUUCUGUGGUGUCCGCAAAUAUUUCUGAUGCAAGCUUUAAUGUGGACGACGUGUAUUUACGAGUCACUGUGCAUAAAGUCGACGCAUUGGAUACAAUUUCGUUGGUCAUUGGAUGGAUCUACUUUGCAGCUUGGUCUGUUUCGUUCUACCCUCAGAUUUACGAAAAUUGGAAAAGGAAGAGUGUCGUUGGCCUAAAUUUCGAUUUCCUUGCCUUAAACAUUAUUGGCUUCACUUUGUAUGGCAUAUUCAACAUUGGACUGUAUUGGAUUCCCGAGAUUGAGAAAGAGUACUUCAACCGACAUCCGAAAGGCUUGAAUCCGGUGCAGGUGAACGACAUAGUUUUUGCCGUGCACGCGGCCAUCGCCACCAUCUUCACCAUAAUCCAGUGUUUCGUCUACGAGAGGAACGAGCAGAGGGUCUCCAUUACGGCGAGAUGCAUUAUCGGUUUCUUUGCGGCUUUCUUGGGCGUCAGCCUUAUAUUGGCUGGCACUGAUGUGAUCCAUUGGUUGGACUUUUUGUAUUAUUGUUCCUAUGUUAAGCUCACAAUCACCUUGAUUAAAUACAUUCCUCAGGCUUAUAUGAAUUACAAAAGGAAAAGCACAGUUGGAUGGAGUAUAGGUAACAUCUUCCUUGAUUUUACUGGAGGUUCUCUCAGUAUGUUACAGAUGAUUUUAAACUCCUACAACUAUGAUGACUGGGUCUCAAUUUUCGGUGACCCAACCAAAUUUGGACUUGGCUUAUUUUCGGUGGCCUUUGAUAUAUUCUUCAUUCUGCAGCAUUACGUGUUUUAUAGGCAUUCCAAUUAUGAGCCCAAUUAAAAAUGUUUUUGACUUGUAAUAUUUAUUGUUAUAAAUUAUUUUAUAUAUUGUUAUAUUUAAAUAUACAUAUUAUAUUAAAAUGACAA